AUGCAUCUCAUUCUCACAGGUGCCACAGGCUUGGUCGGCUCGUCCGUGCUGGACGCCAUGCUCAAAAACACAGCCAUUUCCAAGAUUUCCAUCUUGAGUCGAAAUCCUGUACGAAUGGCAGAUGAUUCAAAAGACCCACGGGUCAACGUUAUCACCCACAAAGACUUCGAAUCUUACACCCCGGAGCUCCUCGACCAAUUGAAAGACGCCCAAGGAUGUGUCUGGGCCCUAGGCACGAGCCAGACGAAUGUCACCAGCGAACAAUACGUCAAGAUUACCAAGGAUUUCACACUUGCAGCUGCCAAUGCAUUCUCCACACUCAAACCCGCCAACUCACCCUUCCGCUUCAUUCACGUAUCCGGUGAAGGAGCCACCCAGAACCCUGGCAGAUUCUCGCCAAUCUUUGCCAGAGUAAAGGGUGAGACUGAGGCUCUUCUCGGCACUAUAUCGGAAGAGCAUCCCAAUAUUCGAAUUGAUAGUGUUCGUCCUGCAUUUGUUGAUCCUGCUAUGCACGAUGCUAUCAAGCCUUAUAUCCCAUCGAGUGGAGUUACAGGCCUGGUGUCAAAGUUUGGAAUUGCUUUGAUUGCUCCAGGUAUUCGACACCUUUAUAAAUCGAUGCAUUCGCCGACUGAGCAUCUCGGCUCCUUCUUGACGGACAUGGCCAUUGGACGAUAUGAAGCAAAGCUACCGGGUCCAGGAGUUUUCAGGCUGGGAGGGGGUUAUGUCAUUGAAAAUGCUGGCAUGCGGAGAAUUCUGGGACUUCGAAUAUCAAGAACAUAG